AAACCAAUGGGAAUAGAAUAAUAUUAUCAUAGUGGGGUGACCUGUACCUUCUUGAAAAAAAAGAUAAAAAGAAGAACAUUCCCUAUAUAUGUGUGAUGAUGGUCUGCACACAAAUUCCAUAACUUUAUUUUUUCAUAACAAACAAUCAAACUUUGUGGAAUAGUAUAGCCAUAGAAAAAAAGGUGAAUUCUUCACUUAUGGCCUCUCUGAAUGUGAAGAUGAGAAUAUGUUGGUUUUUAUUCACAUUGAUUUCAUGUUUUGUGGAGAGAAGCAGUUGUUUUGAAAGCAGAAAUGAUGAGAGCCAUUUUCAUAUCGUUGAAAUCAGCUCUUUUUCUCCGGCAGAUGUCUGCACUCACUCUACCAUCAACGGUUUUAACAAGAGACAAUCAAGCAUGGAAAUUCUCCAUAGGCAAGGUCCAUGUUUUCAACAAGGUCAAAAUAAGGCCUAUACAUCACCGUCUCUAGACGAGGUCCUUUCUCACGAUCAAGCUAGGGUUGAGUCGAUCCAAGCUCGAAUCGAUUCUAAUUCAAACACAAACACAAACACAAACAAAAUUGAGAAUUUCAAGUGGGACUCAAAGAAAGCAAAUCUCCCCGUUGAAUCUGGGCGUUCCCUAGGCUCGGGGAACUACAUCGUGACCGUGGGCCUAGGGACCCCCAAGAGAAGUCUCUCGCUCAUGUUCGACACUGGUAGCGACCUAACAUGGACACAAUGCCAGCCGUGCGUCCGGUCAUGCUACCACCAACAGGAACCGAUUUUCAACCCAUCGACCUCAAGCUCGUACAAGAACAUAUCGUGCAAGUCGGCCGAGUGCUCCCAGCUCUCCUCCGCCACCGGCAGCAGUCCAGGUUGCGCCACCACCACGUGCGUCUAUGGCAUCCAAUACGGCGAUCAAUCCUUCUCGGUAGGGUACUUCAGCCGGGACAAGCUCACCAUAUCGGCAACAGAUGUUUUCCCGAGCUUUCUGUUCGGUUGUGGCCAGAACAACCAAGGCUUGUUUGGCAACACUGCAGGGCUAUUAGGUCUAGGCAGAAAUGCCCUAUCCAUUGUGUCUCAAACUGCAUCAAAAUACGGCAAAUACUUCUCCUAUUGCCUCCCAUCAACUUCUAGCCAUAUAGGGCACUUGACUCUUGGCAAAGGUCGGGCCCCGACCCGAGUAAAGUUCACACCUCUCGACCGGUCGCAAGGCACGUCAUUCUACUUCAUCGAUAUUGUCUCGAUAAGCGUGGGAGGCCGCCAACUGCCUAUCCGACAGCCUGUCUUCCAGGCUGCCGGGGGCAUCAUAGACUCGGGGACGGUCAUCACGCGUCUGCCCCCUGCGGCCUACAGCGCGAUGAGCGCCGCCUUUCGGAAGUUGAUGACCAAGUACCCGAAAGCGCCGGCCUACUCGAUACUCGACACGUGUUAUGAUUUGAGUAGGCACACGAGUGUGUCCAUUCCAAUCAUAUCUUUCACCUUUGGAGGCAAUGUGAAGCUCGACCUGGACCCCACGGGGAUCCUCGUGGCCGUCGCUAAAUCGCGACUCUGCCUGGCGUUUGCUGGAAACAUUGACGCUAGCAACGUCGCGAUCUACGGCAACACGCAGCAGAAGACGUUUGAGGUGGUGUACGAUGUUGGUGCAGGGAAAGUUGGAUUUGCACCUGGUGGGUGUAAAUAGUUAUGUCAAGAAUUGGUGUUUUUUUUUUUUUUUCAAGUAAUGAAUGAAUGUAAAUAUAUGUGAAAAUAAGAUAGAUUGGAAUGGAAAAAGAAUCAAUCAGCCUAAAACAGAAAUUGUCAAGCUGUCCCUUUCAGAUGAUUUAAUGGUAAAGUUGGUUUUCUUGAGCUCAAA